AUGGGAGCAACAUAUCCUCUCGUUUUCUUGAUCCUCUUACUUCUUCAUGGAACCAAGGCUGCUUCGGAUCCUCCAGUACCGGGAUGGCUGACUCUGAGUGGUCGUCGUCCUCUAGUCAUUGCUCGUGGGGGUUUGUCUGGGGUAGUGCCUGAGUCAAGCCAGCUUGCAUACAGCAUGGCAAUGGGAAGUAGCUUGUGUGAGGUGGUUCUGUUCUGCGACCUGCAAUUCUCUAGCGACGGUGUGGGCUUCUGCCAUGGCAGCUUGAGACUUGACAAUUCGUCAAAUAUUGCUGAGAAGUUCGCUGACAGGGGCUCGACUUAUCAAGUGAAUGGACGAGAUGUUCAAGGAUGGUUUUCUCUGGAUUUCAAAUCAGAGGAGCUACAUAGUGUCCUAUUGGUUCAGAAUGUUUUGUCUCGCUCAAAUACAUUUGACAGAACACAGGAACUGUUGUCGCUUGACAAUGUGGUUCAAAGCGUCUUGGCUCAAAAAGGCGAGCUUCAUGUAAUUUGGGUCAACAUAGAGUACAACUCGUUUUUUCUGGAGCACGGAUUAAGUGGCGAAGAUUACAUAUUGGGACUACCAAAAGAAUUUCCUGUCACUCGCGUCUCCUCACCAGAAUUUGCAUUCUUAAAAAGUCUCAGUGGAAAGGUCAGAAGUGAUAUAAAGUUGAUUUUCCGGUUUCUCCGUGAAGACCUUGUUGAGCCUACGACAAAGAGAACAUAUGGAGAACUUCUGAAAGACCUGAAAUCUAUCAAGGCCUUUGCAUCGGGGAUUCUUGUUCCCAAGCAAUUUAUUUGGCCACAGAAUAAGGAUAUGUACUUGGAGCCGUCUACCAGUUUGGUCAAAGAUGCACAUGCCCUAGGGCUGGAAGUGUACGCAUCUGGAUUUGCCAAUGAUGAUCCCUGUAUGAGUUACAACUACAGCUAUGAUCCCAGCGCGGAAAUCUUGCAGUUCAUAGACAAUUCAGACUUCUCGGUCGACGGCGUUUUAACAGACAAUCCACCUACCGCAUCAGGAGCCAUAGUGUGCAUGGCACAUACCAAGGGCAAUGCAUUCGUUUUUCCUAUUGCUAAAGAUGGAGCUCCUCCAGGAGUAGAAGCAAACGUCAGGCCACUGAUCAUAACCCACAAUGGUGCGAGUGGCGUCUUCUCAGACAGCACGGACCUUGCCUACCAACAAGCGGUGAAAGAUGGCGCGGACAUAAUAGAUUGCUGGGUCCGGAUGUCGAAAGACGGGGUCGCCUUCUGCCUGGGCUCUACAGAUCUCAACAGCAGCACGACAGCAGCCACAACUUUCUUGGAAAAAAUGACAACUGUCAAUGAGAUACAGAACAAGUCGGGCAUUUUCUCGUUUGAUCUCUUAUGGAGCGAGAUCCAAACCUUAAAACGUGCGAAGCAAGACAUACUCCUUAUUUUGUUCUGCCAAAGAUUUGCAUACACUAACAUUGAUGUCACAUGUUUUUUGUUCACCGGAGCAGCCAACCUUGUCGGUCCAUUCGCAGACGCACGCCUGGAGAGAAAUCCUGCGGCGAAGAACGCUGGCAAAUUUAUGACACUGGCUGAGUUCCUUGAUUUUGCAAAAGCCAGCAACAUCACUGGUAUACUGAUUGGCAUAGAGAGGUCUUGUACCUACCGAGUGCAGCAUGCUACGUACCUUAUAGCCAGAAGCCUUGACGUGGUGGAUGCGGUCUCCAAAGCGCUUGUCAAGUCCGGGUACGACAAGGAGACCUGUAAGCAGCGCGUGCUCAUACAGUCAGAGGACGCCCCGGUGCUUGCGGCGUUCAAGACGUUCCCCAAGUUCCAGCGGGUGCUGACGAUCGAGUUCGACAUAAGCGACGCCUCCAAGCCUUCGGUGGAUGAGAUAUUAGAGUUUGCAAACGCGGUGAAGCUCAGGCGCAGCUCUGCCGCGCGGGUCAACGGCUUCUUCCUGGAGGGGUUCACCAAUUCCUUGGUCGACAGGCUGCAUGCCGGCAAUUUGCACGUGUAUGUCGGCGUCCUCAAGAAUGAGUUCAUGAACCUCGCGUUCGACUACUGGGCCGACCCCUUGGUGGAGAUCGCCACGGACACGUUGUCGGUGGGCGCCGACGGGAUCGUGACCGAGUUCCCUGCCACUGCAGCUGCAUACUUCACCCAUCCGGGUUCAAGUUCUAAACUUGACAUGGGUGCUCUCAUAGAAGAUGAUGAAAUGCGAGAGUUGGCACUGGUCUUCUAUUGUAACCUCUAUACUUCUGAUGGUUGUGAUCAAGUUCAAGAGAUGCUCCAGAAUAUUGAUGCAUCCGUUUCAAUGAGAUGA